AUAGGUUAGCGCAGGUGGUUGGUGGCAUUUUGUAUUGACAUAUUCUCACCUUCAUUUUCCUCAGAUCUUCAUAGCUGGAUAAGAUUAGCCUUAGAGAAUGGGUUGAAAAGGUUAGAUCCCUGCAUCCAGAGCAAACAAUUAAUGGCAAUUCUCCCAAGAGAAUAAUCUACUUUGCCUCAACCACUAUUUUCUUUUAAAACAUUAGCCAAUCUAAAUUUAAUGAGAUGUUCUUUGGACCAGGCCUUAAUCUUUAUUGAGUUCCCCAAGGAAGUUGUCUCUGGAAUAUUGCCAAAGCUCCCAAAAUUUGGAAGAAUGGUGACUGCACUUUGCUUCAGCAAUUUGUUCCCUAAGCCUGUUUGAGUUUCAAGUCUAUCCACAUUUCUAAUUUCUUUGUUGCCCUACCGUUUAUGUUAAUUAUGGUUCCCAUAUUUUUUGAGUUAGUGAUUGCAUCUCAAACUAUUCAAUGUGUUUAUAUUUAUGUGAUGCACCAACCUUGGUUGAUCACCAAUGUUGAUGGUUGUGAUCACUUGGAAUUAUUGUAUUUGCUAUCUAAUACAAUUACAGAAAGUAAGUUGCAUUCCCUUCUUUCAAAACUAACCCUCAUUGAGGAACUCUAUCUUUGUUGUCGUCAUGAUCAAAAGAAAACGGAUUUCAAAUCCAUGUCUCAAAACUCUGCACAUUUGUGGCAAUCUGUUUAGCCACCACCUUCAUAUCAUAGAAAUUGCAGCAGAGUCUGGCAAAAUUCAUCUGUAUGGCUGGUUUGAAAGCCUGUAGGAUUAAGGUGAUAGAUUGUUGUUGCAAUUUGAAAACCUUGGUUUUGUACUAUUUGGCCACAAAGAGAACUUUUCACAAUCUUAUCUCCAAAUUUUCUUUGCUUGAGAAUCUCUGGAUCUCUGGAUGGUUGACUGUCUCAAUUUAGAAAGGCUUAAGUUUCUGUAUCUUCGACCUAAGAGGCUGCAUGUUGCUAGAUGCUGUAAAUUGAAAGCUGUGAAGGUUGAUGGUAUCCAGUUAGCAUUUUUCAAUCCAAAAUAAUUAAUUAAUUCCUUUAAUCUUCUGAAACUUUUAUUGAAGCAGAGCCUAAGAAGAGGCUUCAUGCAAACACAGUGGUAAUUUUAGAAUAUAUAAAUGUUUUAUUUGAAGCACUGAUUUAAUUCAGCUGUUCCAGCUACUAAGCUUCUCUUGGUUUUAAGAUGAUACCUAGUUGAACAUGAUGCAGAUACGAGUUAACUCUGUCUAGUUUCUGUGAUGUAAGUAACGGUUUCUCUCUUGUAGGACUAGUCAUGAUCAAUAGAAGUUCAAUAAAUAAAAAACAAUAUGUUUG